CCGUACGGUCUGCAACAGAAGAGCAGUGGUGAAAGAGCAGUCUGUCCGUGUUUGCGGUAAUGUUCAGCGCAGCGUGCAGUGUUGUUAAAUGGGCGUGUGAUGUUAAUGAAGCCUGAGAACGUCAGCGACGCGGUCCUGCUAACUAUUAGCUAACAGCUAACAGUCAGCAGAGGAAGUUCUGGAGCAGCCAUGGCGGAGGCUGGAGCCCACCUGACCUCCACCGCUGUGAAUGAGCAGCCAUCCAUCUUCGAGGUCCUGGCACAGGAGUCCCUGAUGGAGGCGGUCAGACCAGCACUGAGACACGCCAUCAAGGUUCUGGCAGAGUCCAACCCAUCCCGUUUUGGCUUCCUGUGGCGACGCUUUGAUGAGCUCUACCUUCUACUGGACCUCCUCCUCCAGAACCACUUCCUGUCUCACUGCAGCGCCUCCUUCUCUGAGAACUUCUAUGGCCUGAAGAGAGUCUCGGGAGGGCGAGGACUCCCUGUUCAUCUGGGGCUGCACAGGAAGUCACACUGGCGCUCUCUUCUUCUUCUCUGCCUGGUGCCGUACCUUCGGGCCAAGCUGGAGGCGACGCUGGCCCGGCAGAGGGACGAGGAGGACUUCUCUAUCCGGCUGGCACAGACCAGGAGACAGAGGCUGUACCGGGCAGCAGUGGCAGCUUACCCCUACGUCAGCUCCGCCUGGCAGGCCUGGGUCUUCCUCCAGCAGCUGCUCUUUGUCUUUGGAGUCGCCAGGACCCAUAAUCCCCUGCUGUGGCUGGCCAGGGUCAGACUGGCACGACUUAACGCUCAAGAUAUCAGAGACAUGGAGCUGAAGACCAGCAGAAGUGGCCACCCAGCUGAGGGGAGCCUGGCGCAGAGAGCUUGGUGGUUGAUGUCGCAAGCAGCGAGGGGCGUGGCCUUGUCCCUCUCCACCUCCCUCUCGUUGGGCGUCUUUUUCCUGCAGUUCCUGGAGUGGUGGUACUCCUCAGACAACCAGAGCACUGUGAAGACCCUCACCUCCCUGCCUGCCCCUCCACCCCCCCUCCACCUGCAGCAGCAGCAGCAGCAGCCCGACCGGGACUCUCUACCCAUCUCGGGCAAUCAGGGCGAAGAAGCUCAGCUGGGCUCCGACAGAAGGAACUGCCCGCUGUGCCGGAGGCUUCGCGCAAACGCCACAGUGCUUUCCACCUCCGGCUUCGUCUUCUGUUACCGCUGCAUCUACACGUACGUGAAAGCCAACCGCCGCUGCCCGGUCACCGGGUACCCCACCGAACUGCAACACCUCAUCAAGAUCUACUCGCCGGAGAGUUAGACCACACCGGCUGACGACAUGUUCAAGUUCAGCUCCAGCUUGUGUGGAGUUUCUGACUGCAAACUUUCUCAAACAGCGGCCUUGUUUUUAAAAAGUGAAACUCUCAUUAGAAGGCGAUGAGUCAGCGAGUUUCCCUCUGUAGCUGAGUGUUCAGGCUCUCUGUUGAAAUCCUCGUUAUUUUUAGGAUAAGCACAUUGUGUUUUCCUUUGGCACAAAAUAAGCUUUCCGAUGUACUGACAGUGUUUGAUCAGUUGUUCAGAGAGAGAGAGCUAAUUUCACAUUUAUAUUUAUAAAUGCAUUAUUAAAUUGUCUCCUCAGUAACUCUUCUGCAUGUAUGGUGCCUUAUUGGCAACAAAAGGGCCAGAAUGCUCUGUCCGAAGGAGCUUUAGAGGUCCUGGCAGGCAGGUUUUGUUACCUUUGGACAGGUUGUACGUAUAUUGAGGAAUGAAGCGGGAAGUCGGUGAAUUGCUUUAUUGAGUUUCCAGACAAGUUUAACAACAGGCCCACUUAAAAAAAAAACAACAAAGAAACAGAUAAUCAGGAUCAACGUCACAACAUUACAGUGAGAGUAAUAAAAAAAGGGCUUCAU